GCCCAAGUCCGCCACUUUCGGCUCUGUGUCUGCCCACUGCCACGACCCAGGAGGACUCCGCGCCGCCCGGCUGCCUCCGAGCUCGGGCCCCAUGUGAGGGGCCCCCCCCUUAUCCCACCUUUCCGGCUAGUAAUAAAAGACUAGUGGCCCUGGUGCCCAUGCCCAGUGACCCUCCAUUCAACACCCGAAGAGCCUACACCAGCGAGGAUGAAGCGUGGAAGUCGUACCUGGAGAACCCCCUGACAGCAGCCACCAAGGCCAUGAUGAGCAUCAAUGGGGACGAAGACAGCGCAGCUGCCCUUGGCCUGCUCUAUGACUACUACAAAGUUCCUCGAGACAAGAGGCUGCUGUCUGUGAGCAAAGCAGCUGACAGUCAAGAAGAUCAGGAGAAAAGAAACUGUCUUGGCACCAGUGAAGCCCAGAGCAAUUUGAGUGGAGGAGAGAACCGAGUGCAGGUCCUAAAGACUGUGCCAGUGAACCUUUGCCUAAACCAAGACCACCUGGAGAAUUCCAAGCGAGACCAGUACAGCGGCAGCAUCCCCGAGAGCCCCGCCGUCAUCCCCGUGUCCGGCAUCGCCGUGGUGAAGGCAGAAGAUUUCACGCCGGUGUUCAUGACCCCACCAGUGCACUACCCGCGGGGAGACGGCGAGGAGCAGCGCGUGGUCAUCUUUGAACAGACUCAGUACGAUGUGCCUGCCAUAGCCGCACACAGCACCUACCUCAAGGAGGACCAGCGCAGCACCCCGGACAGCACCUACAGCGAGAGCUUCAAGGAUGGGGCCACGGAGAAAUUUCGGAGCACUUCUGUCGGGGCUGAGGAGUACAUGUAUGACCAGACUUCAAGCGGCACGUUUCAGUACACCCUGGAAGCCACCAAGUCGCUCCGCCAGAAGCAGGGGGAAGGCCCCAUGACCUACCUCAACAAAGGACAGUUCUAUGCCAUCACGCUCAGCGAGACCGGGGACAACAAAUGCUUCCGACACCCCAUCAGCAAAGUCAGGAGCGUGGUGAUGGUGGUGUUCAGUGAAGACAAAAACCGAGAUGAACAACUGAAAUACUGGAAGUACUGGCACUCUCGGCAGCACACAGCAAAGCAGAGGGUUCUCGACAUCGCUGACUACAAGGAGAGCUUCAACACGAUCGGAAACAUCGAAGAGAUUGCGUACAACGCGGUUUCCUUUACCUGGGACGUGAAUGAGGAGGCCAAGAUUUUCAUCACUGUGAACUGCCUGAGUACGGACUUCUCCUCCCAAAAAGGAGUGAAAGGACUUCCUCUGAUGAUUCAGAUCGACACCUACAGCUAUAACAAUCGUAGCAACAAACCCAUUCACAGAGCCUAUUGCCAGAUCAAGGUCUUCUGUGACAAAGGAGCAGAAAGAAAAAUCCGAGACGAAGAGAGAAAGCAGAACAGGAAGAAAGGGAAAGGCCAGGCCUCCCAAACCCAGUGCAACAACUCCUCUGAUGGGAAGCUGGUGGCCAUACCUUUGCAGAAGAAGAGUGACAUCACCUACUUCAAAACCAUGCCCGACCUGCACUCACAGCCCGUUCUCUUCAUUCCUGACGUGCAUUUUGCAAACCUGCAGAGGACCGGACAGGUUUAUUACAACACGGAUGAUGAACGAGAAGGCAGCGGUGUCCUUGUUAAACGGAUGUUCAGGCCCAUGGAAGAAGAGUUUGGUCCAGCACCUUCCAAGCAGAUAAAGGAAGAAGGGGUGAAACGAGUGCUUCUGUACGUGAGGAAGGAGACAGACGACGUGUUCGAUGCUUUGAUGCUGAAGUCCCCCACGGUCAAGGGACUGAUGGAGGCGAUAUCUGAGAAGUAUGGGCUGCCUGUGGAGAAGAUAGCAAAGCUUUACAAGAAAAGCAAAAAAGGCAUCCUGGUGAACAUGGACGACAACAUCAUCGAACACUACUCGAACGAGGACACCUUCAUCCUCAACAUGGAGAGCAUGGUGGAAGGCUUCAAGGUCACGCUCAUGGAAAUCUGAGGCCUGCACUUGGCCUCUCUCCCUGGGACAGAUGGGCCCUGCCCCGGGGCCUGGAGACUGACCUCACCCAUCUCACAACUGCUGUUACAAGACCACGCUGGGCCGCGGGGCCAGGCACAAGACCAUCAGCAGCCCCCUGGACCUGAAGCCUGGGCCCCUUGGGAAGGGACAGUGGGCCUGUUGGAUCCUUAUUUAUUGCCCACUUUAGCCCAGAGUCCAGGCCCUCCAGGACUCUGCAGGCCUCGACAGGCUCCAGGUGAGACCACCAGGGUCCCCCUUCAAGGGAAACACAGCCCAGCCACACGUCCCAAAGAGCCUGAUAAACACUCGUCCCUUUCUUCCCAUAGCUCCCGAGAUCUGGACAACACCUCCUUGGUGCAGGAGGUGCAGGUGUGGGGGAAGAGGUGGGUGUCCCUUUCCUGAUCAGAGCCUGCAGGUAGCUCUGGUAAGGUCAUGUGGGGACACAGCUCCCCUGGGCCUGGAACAGGAAGACAUUGAGCUACCGUGUAAGUAGCAAGGACCAGCAACGCAUGCCUGACGGUCGUGUACAUAGUGUUCAUAAUAUUGCAAUAAUAUAUUUUCCCCGUGGUAUGUGGGCGUGUUUACUGCCCCUGGCCUGGGGAGGCACAGGCUGGAGACUCUGUUUUCUAGAAGAGCUUUCUGCAUCUGUGCCUGUUCAGAACACCUGCUAGGCUGGGGCGAGUGGCCUGGGCCUGUGGCAGGUGCCAAGAUGGACGCUUCCCUCCCUGAGGCCACGGCAUUCAUCUCAUCACCAUCGCUCUGGACUCCUCCUGCAGCUGGCUCUUGAGAAAGGGGAACGGUCCGAGGCCUGGGGCACUGCCUGAGCUUUCUGGAAUGACUGUGCCUGCAGUAGGCACCCCUGGCCUGCACGAAGCUCCUGGCCACUGCGUCGCGCCUCAGUUUACAAGCACGUCAUUCAUCUCAAGGGGCCACUUCGGAAGCCCCGCUGCAGUCCGAAGGCCUGGCCAUGGCUUCCUCUGGGGCCUUGAGGCCAGACAGGAAGACAUCUACCCCUGGCACCCACCGCAGUGAAAGGAGCCGGGGAAGAAGUCCUAGGGUGCCUUGCUCUUCCAAAGCCAGCCUCGGGAGGCAGACGGGAGAGAGAAGGCCUUGUCCUUCUGCUCCCAGCUCUGGAAGAAGUGGAGGAGUCAAGACACUUCCGCCCACAGCCACUGGACAGUGACCUGCUGGGGGCCACUGUUCUCUGUGCGGGGACAGGGAGCUGAAGCACUAGUCUGCAGUAGUCAGACGCCGCCCAUACCCAGGGCCCAGAGCUGGGGCAGGGUUGGCGGAAAGGGCCAGAUUAUAAAGCACUUUGAGGUCUUACCUGGAGGUCCCUCCCCCAGGACUGCCUGCCUCUGAGGCCAGGGGCAGGGCGGAGGGGCUGCUCCUAGCCCAGCUGGUGUCCCCUGAGGCUGAGGAGCCACGGGAUGGAUGGAGAGCAGGUGCUGUGACCAAGGAGGUGGGGAGGGGCACGCUUCUGUGUGUCCUCUGGACCUGUGAGCCCUACCUGCGGUGCCAAAGGCUGGCCCCCUGGACUCAGCUCUGCUCUCCUCCCCCACUCCAAUUGCCAUGCCCUGGGCCAGCAGUUUGGGAACCAUCCUGGGUCCUAAUGCAGCUCUGAGACACACAAAGUUGGAAAUGUGAUGUCCUGUGCACCUUGGCUUAGCAGUGGUUUCCAACACGAUGGGCAGGUGUGACAGCUGGGGCACGGGCUGCCAGGGGAGGGAAGAGACAAGCUUGGGGGCAGCCUCAUUCAGACAGCCUCCCCUUCUCUCUGCAACCCUCGCUGGUCUCAUAGAAAACGAAUCAGAGAUGCUCUUGCAUUGGUCCCAAGUCCCCGAGCGAUCAUUGUGGUGACCUUUGUCAGAACAAAGGAUGUGAGGCCAGUGCCACGAGGGGGUGGUGUCAAGUGUCCAGGCUGACCCGUCCCCUCUGCGGUCCCGGAGCUCCUAGAGCUGGCAUUGGCGUGCCCUUCAGCGUGUUAGCAAAGCUUUGACGCAAACUUUCCCCAGCCAAACACUCCAGAAAGAUAGGAAACUUUGCCUCUUCUCUUUGCGUCCUCUCAUCAUAUUCAAAUAAAGACGACUGGAAAUGUAGUCCACGCAUCAUGGGGGCACAGGAAGUGUUUUUGUAUAUCCUCACAUUACCAUCAUUGGGAUCAACAGGAAAAUGAAAUCUGCUGUCACUCUCCACUUGGUUCCUGGAAGACUAGGGUGCAUCUCCACCCAGAGAGUUUGGAAGCAUGAAACAAAUCCGGCGUCUGUUUUCCUUAUUUAAAAUCAUGAAAAUGCAACAGAAAUAGAGGGCUUGUGCCAAAUUCUACAAACGGCCCUUUCUUAAAUGCAAGCAAGGGAGAUGGAUAUUCAUACAAUUUGCUGUCAUGCUAAACGAGUUAAAAAAAGGCAAAUGUAACUUAAUAGUUUUGUAAAUGGGAGAGGGGGAAUCUAUAAAUACAGGUAUUUUAUUUUUUGUACAUUUUUAAGAAGAAAAAAUAAAUAUUCAUAAGAUAAGAGAGAAAAUGACAGUGCCUGGCCC